AUGGCUGAUCCAAAAGCUGUAGAAAGCGAUCCAACAGCGUCUCCAUUAAUUACUCAACAGCAUGCACCUGCAACACGUGAUACCUUUGCUUAUAUUGUUCAAUUCCAAAUAUUAAAAAAAUUGUGUAAAAAUAAAUUAAGUCAAGGAUGUUUGCCUGACAAAGAGGAAAUGAAGGAUAUUCACGAUGCCAUAAAAAGAGGUGGUUCAAUUUCUUGGCUUGAUGCCUUUGAGAAAAUGACUGGCAAUAGACAUAUUGAUGCCGGCCCACUGCUAGAAUAUUAUUCUCCGUUAAUUCAAUGGCUUGAUAAUAUAAAUUCCAAUGAACAACGAGUUGUUGGGUGGGAAGUUGAGGGUGAAGGAGAGGCUUUUGCAGAAAACGAACUCCCACAUUUACAAAACCAAUAUGAAAGUGAAAAUGGGGGAGAAUUUGGGAGGAUAGAUGGAACGGGUGGAGGAGAUGCUCAGAUUGCUUUUCCUGGUCAGAGCUGCGAGAAGGAUCAGGAAUGUCUACUCGAUUCAAAAUGUAAUGGGACAAUUUGUGUUUGUAGGGAAGGAUUGUAUACUCUUCGGAUUGCAGGCACUUAUAACUGUGUUCCGAGUGAUCCUGCUAAGGUAGGAUUCACUGAUGACAGUGGUGGUCUAGUAAUAGCUCUAAAUCCCAACAAUGGAUCACACGCUCCUGAAACCGGGCAAAAUGCUGAUAUAGAGGCAGUUGUUACAAUUGAACACAUGGACGAAGAGGCGAAUAAACAUGGAAAAACCUCAAAUUCUGCGAUAAAAAAGCUAUGCAAUUUCUCCAUUUUAUUUACAAUUUCUCUGGCCAUUUCUGCUUUAAGACAACAAAUGCUUAUUCAUCGGAUAUAAAGUUUAUAGUUAAUUUAAAGAGCUAUAUGUAUAUAUUAUUUGUUUAUUUGUAAAAUUUUUUGUUUACUAUUUAAGUUUCUAAUGUAAAUUAUAAAGAUUAGUGCGCGGAACCGGACCGGAUCCGGCCGGAUGCGGCGCUGAAAAAGGAAAAUAAGUGGAUUUGGAGGGACUAAGGAGGGAUAUAGGUGUAUUUGUA